GUUAUCGUCAAAGUAAACAGUUUAUCAAAAAAGAUUAAAAGAUGAAAUAGAUAACUCUUACAUCAAAUGAGCAUUUGUCAUUUGGCAUGAAAUAAUCUAUUAAGUAAGGUGUUGAUGAAGUAUUAUGUGUAGUUGUCAAUAUUGCCAGUAUAUCCAGUCUAUCAUAAAACCGAAACUGGCGAAAGUAGAAUGUACUAGGCCUAUUUCAUUUGUAUAAAUUUAUAAGUUUAGUCUCUUAACAGAUAAAAGAAAUGCCUUUAUAUGCCGUUGGUAGUCGUGUUGGUUUUGUUCCAUCAACAAUAGGUCUGUUUUUGGAGAGUUAUCCCAGUUUUCAGGAAUCAGCCAAAAGUUUAUGUGCAAGUCAGACUCAAAAUGUAAAUGGUCAUGGAUUGCUCUAUGUUGGUCAGAGAGAAUUUGCUGGAACAUCUCCAACUGAUGAUGUAAUUAAUGUAAUUGGAAGUGAAGAUGCCACUACGUGUCACCUUGCAGUUUUUAGACAUACAGGGUCUGGUAGUGUUUGUGUCAGUCAUUUUGAUGGAUGCGGUACUGAACAAGGUAUUAAAGACAUGAUCUCCUUGUUGUUAGAUUUAUCAAAAGGUGCUCAAGAAGGAAAAAUAGAAAUUCAUUUAUUGGGAGGAUUUAAAGAUUCUAGAAAUCUAUCACAAAAGCUAUCUCUAGAAAUAUUAAAUUGUUUGUGUAGAUUGGAGGAAGAUGUCCACCUUGUAACAGCUUGUAUCACAGAUUUAAAUACAACCUAUAUCAAUGGCACACCAUUCCCAGUUAUAUAUGGAAUAGCAGUAAACGUGAACACUGGUGAAAUUUAUAAAGCCAGAUUUACUGAUAAAGGUCCAGAUCAACCAUUGAGGUCAGCUCGACAUUUUACAGGAGGUCAUGAAAUGUUAAAUAUUUAUGAUCCUAUCAAUAAACAGCUUUCUAUUGGUCCAUUCUCCUACACGUCUCAACAGAAUGUAGACUAUUAUUGUAGAUUACCUAAUCAUGUUAUAAGAAAGCAUCUAUCUACAUCACCAGAACAGGAACCUGAAGGUUUUGAAGACUCUGUUCGUGCAGCCUUUAUACAGAUUAGAGAUUAUCCUAAUCCAAUGAAGUCACAUUUCUCUCAUGGUGGAGCACGACGAUAUAAAAAACAACCUGAUGGAACUUGGAUACUGGUGUCCUGAUAUAAUUUAUUUUUAAAUGUUAAAUGACAUAUUAUAUAUUGUUUUUAUCUUUGUGUAUUUGUUUGUCAAUUUAAAUGCAGUUUUCAUUAAACUUAAUGACAAGAUUG